AUGAGCAACCCGGAUUCUACUGCCCAAAUUUGGCAUCAAACUAAAAUUCCGUCUAGGGAGUCAUCUUCUACAGAGUACUAUAAUUUGGGUCACUUUCAUCGACCCGUCACAACUACCAGCCAAGAUGCCCAGACUUGGUACAAUCGCGGCCUGAUCUGGGCCUACGCGUUCAAUCACCAAGAGUCAGCCCGUUGUUUUGAACAGUGUAUAUUGUCAGAUCCACUCUGUGCAAUGGGAUACUGGGGUUUGGCAUUUUCCUUAGGUCCAAACUACAAUAAACCAUGGCAACUCUUUGACGGAGAGGAUCUUUCAAUCACCACAACGCGGGCGCAUGGCGCCGUCAUCGAGGCUAAGAACGCACUCAAGCAUGUGCCAAUGACCGCUGUGGAGAAAUCCCUGAUAGAGGCCCUGCAGUAUCGGUAUCCCCAGGCGAAACCUGUCACGGACUGCGCGGAUUGGAACAGCCAGUAUGCUAAAGCCAUGGAAUCUGUAUACCAGGUCUUUCCGGAUGAUCUGGAUGUCAUUGCUCUCUACUGCGAUGCGCUAAUGAACCUAACUCCAUGGGGUCUAUGGGAUCUGAAGACUGGUGGGCCUGUCCCUGGUGCUCGUACCCUGGAAGUGAAGCAGGCGCUCGAUCGUGCAUUGGAGCGCGAAGAUGCCCUGCAACACCCCGGCCUCUUGCAUUUGUAUAUCCAUUUGAUGGAAAUGUCCCCUACGCCGGAGCGCGCACUCCCAAUUGCAGACAAUCUGCGAGGUCUUGUUCCUGACGCUGGCCACUUGGAACAUAUGCCGACCCACUUGGACAUUCUCUGCGGUGACUACCGUCGAGCGAUCGCGUCGAAUACCUCUGCGAUUCGUGCGGAUGAGAAGUUCCUGGCUAAUCAAACUUUGGGCCAUUUUUACCAUCUUUAUCGCGCUCAUGAUUAUCAUUUCCGGAUGUAUGCAGCCAUGCUGGGUGGCCAGUCCAAGAUUGCUCUCAACACUGCCACAGAGCUGGCAGAUUCUCUCACCGAGGAUCUCCUGUGUGUUGAAUCACCUCCUCUCGCUGAUUGGCUUGAAGGAUUUUUCGCCAUGCGAGUACACCCUCUUGUCCGAUUUGGUCGUUGGGAUGAUAUCAUUGCCUUGCAAUUCCCUGCGAAUCGAUCACUCUACUGCGUGACCACAGCUAUGAUCCACUAUGCAAAGGGGGUGGCAUACGCAGCUACGAACCGAAUUGAAGAGGCAAGAAAAGAACAAGAGCACUUCUUCUCCGCCGUCAAACAGGUUCCCUCUUCUCGAACUAUCUUUAACAACACUGGCGUGGACAUUCUCGGUGUUGCCGCCCCUAUGCUGGAAGGCGAGAUCUUAUACCGCUGUGGAGAAUACGAUGCGGCGUUUUCUAGUCUCCAGAUUGCCAUUGACCGGGAUGACAAUCUUCCUUAUGAUGAGCCUUGGGGCUGGAUGCAGCCCACUCGGCACGCUCUGGGGGCUUUGCUUCUCGAGCAGGGCCGGAUUGAGGAGGCAGCUAAUAUUUACGCGGCUGAUCUUGGAAUUGACCAGGCUCUGCCUCGUGCCUUGAGACAUCCGAAUAACGUGUGGGCUCUACAUGGAUAUCACGAGUGUCUCAAUAGGCUGGGGAGGUCCGCGGAAGCUCGCAUCCUGGAGCCGCAAUUGCGCCUCGCUUUGGCCAUGGCCGACCUGCCUAUUCGUGCAUCAUGCUUCUGCCGGUUUAGAUAG